UGUUUAAAUUGAAUUGUCACAAUACUGGUAAAUCAUUCUCGUCUAGAUUUUAUCUUUAAUGAAACGAACGAUUGUCUUUUGACAGCGAGAUAUACAACUUUUUCAAAUAGUCAAGUUGAUAUUAUACAUAUAGAUACAAUGACCACGGAGAAGGGACCAGCGAAAAUACAAAAUUUCUUUGAGUUUUCUUGUAAAAAUUUACGCGGAGAAAAUGUUUCAUUUAGUGCGUUCAAAGGAAAAGUAGUUCUGGUGGAGAAUGUAGCAUCCCUCUGAGGUACGACAACACGGGAUUAUACCCAGAUGAACGAGUUGGUCGCGAAAUUCGCUGAUAAACUUGUUAUCCUGGGCUUCCCGUGUAACCAGUUUGGACAUCAGGAAAAUGGGAAUGGUGAAGAAAUUUAUACCUCUCUUAAACAUGUACGUCCGGGCAAAAAUUAUGAACCCCAUUUUCAACUGAUGGAAAAGUGUGACGUGAACGGAAAAAAUUCUCACCCAGUUUUCGAAUUCCUCCGUCGUCGGCUACAAACACCUAGUGACGACAGUAUUUCGUUGAUGACAGAUCCGAAGUUGAUCACGUGGGAACCUGUUACAAGAACUGAUAUUGCCUGGAAUUUUGAGAAAUUUCUAAUCUCCCCUGAUGGCAAACCAUUUAAACGUUAUAGUAAAGCUUUCCAAACUUCUAAUAUUCAACAUGAUAUCAAGUUGCUUAUAGAAAAGUUUUAUGAAGGAAACUCGAAAAAAGUAGAAGUACGUAUGUAAUAGUCUGGGGACAAAUGUAGUAAAACGCAGCUUCUUAAUGACUCAAAUUACAGACUGAUUUAGUCAAAGAAUUAUGUUAUGCAUCUACUGACCCUGUUAAUUUUAUAUCGCGAGAAAACAUACUUACAAAUGAACUUGUAAAGAGGGUACUCUAUUGCUGUAUAUUUUUAUGCUUUGCCACUUUAUUAAUUAAUGAGCCGCGCCAUGACAAAUCAACAUAAUGGGUUUGCGACCAGCAUGAAUCCAAGCCAGCCUGCGCAUCCGCACAGUCUGAUCAGGAUCCAUGCUGUUCGCUUGCAAACCCUAUAUCAAGUAGAGAAACUGAUAGCGAACAGCAUGGAUUCUGAACAGACUGCGCGGAUGCGCAGGCUGGUCUGGAUCCAUGCUGGUCGCAAACCCAUUAUGUUGGUUUUGUCCCGGCACGGCUCAUUUGUAUUUUUACACAAUUCACUGUCUACAUGUAUACGCAUAAAUUCACAUUAUCAUAGUCAGGGAUUUCUGCAAUGUGCUGCAUUGCCUGAAUGUAUAGUUUGUCCUAAAACCAUUGGUUGCAUUGUCGGAAAGUCAUUUGUAUGACUGUAGCAUUAUUAAACUGUCUCUGUAUCAGUAAAUGCUACAUGAAAAUCAAACUUAAAUGUUUCUUUCCGACAAAGCAGCCAAAACAAUAUGUUUUAUUGUAGGCGUUAAAAUAAAGAAAUAGAAAAAAUGA